GAACGUGAUCAGUCGACCAUCCGACUGCUCACCGUUUCGCUCGAGGAUGCAAAUAAGGCCAAGCUUGCAGCAGAGAACGACCGAGACUUCGUCAGGGAGCAGUACAUGAACGCAUCAGCAUACGUUACCACGGUGCGAAGCGAGAAUGCCGAGCUGGAGAAACGCGCGCAAAUUGCUGAAAAACAAGCAACAGGGGGCGUGGCGCUUAUUCGUGCGACAUUUACGGAGCGCAUCAGGUUUCUGGAAGACGAUGUCAAGUCUUGGAGGCAGAUGGCUGACUUUGCGGUUGCCAAAGAUAGUCGGAUGAACGAUGAUAUCCGACGGCGUGCGGCAGAAGCGCCUGAGUUGGAGCAUCGCAACGGGAAGCUGAAGGAGGAAAUUGACGAGCUCAACGCGCAUAUCGGAGAGCUGAAUACCGAGCUUGCGAAGAAAGACGAGGAGAUUGCUGAG